AGCCCCGCGUGGCCCCGGGCGUCAAGGCAGAAAUACAUUUUAACAGUGAAACCCUUUCCUCAGAAGAGGAGGAUGCAGAUAUUCAUGGCAAUAAAAUAAAAUCCCUGGACAAACCCAUGUCUCCAAAGAAAACAAUCACACAGAUCAUGAAGGAUAAAAAGAAACAGACCCAACUCACCCUACAGUGGCUUGAAGAAAACUACAUAGUGUGUGAAGGAGUUUGUUUGCCCAGGUGCAUCCUUUAUGCACAUUAUUUAGACUUUUGUCGAAAAGAGAAGCUAGAACCUGCCUGUGCUGCAACAUUUGGGAAGACCAUUCGGCAGAAAUUUCCCCUCCUUACCACACGCCGGCUUGGGACAAGAGGCCAUUCAAAGUAUCAUUAUUAUGGAAUCGGCAUUAAGGAAAGCAGUGCCUAUUACCACUCCGUGUAUUCUGGAAAAGGCUUGACAAGGUUUUCUGGAAGCAAAUUGAAAAAUGAGGGUGGCUUCACUCGAAAGUAUUCUCUUAGUUCCAAAACGGGAACUCUCCUUCCAGAAUUCCCCAGUGCUCAACACUUUGUGCUUCAAGGGUGCAUUUCUAAAGACAAGGUAGAUACCCUUAUCAUGAUGUAUAAAACACACUGUCAGUGUGUCCUUGACAAUGCAAUUAAUGGGAACUUUGAAGAGAUUCAGCAUUUUUUGUUACAUUUUUGGCAAGGAAUGCCAGACCACCUUCUGCCUCUGCUUGAAAAUCCUAUCAUCAUCGACAUCUUCUGUGUCUGUGACUCAAUACUCUACAAGGUCCUUACAGAUGUACUUAUUCCUGCAACAAUGCAAGAAAUGCCAGAAAGUUUACUAGCAGAUAUAAGAACUUUUGCUAAAAACUGGGAACAGUGGGUAGUUUCUUCUUUGGAAAACCUACCAGAAGCCCUGAUGGAAAAGAAACUUCCUAUUGCACGAAGAUUUGUUUCUUCUCUGAAACGACAGACAUCGUUCUUGCACCUAGCUCAGAUUGCCCGACCAGCCCUGUUUGAUCAGCUUGUGGUGAACUCUAUGGUAUCUGAUAUUGAAAAAGUUGAUUUGAAUAGCAUUGGCUCUCAAGCUCUUCUCACGGUCUCUAGCAGCCCAGACUCUGAUGGGGAGGUCUACACUGAAUAUGACUCUAUUACAGUGUUUCAAGAACUGAAGGACCUGCUAAAGAAGAAUGCCACUGUGGAAUCAUUUAUUGAGUGGUUGGAUACUGUGGUUGAGCAAAGGGUUAUCAAGGCAAGCAAACAAAAUGGAAGGUCAUUAAAGAAGAGAGCCCAAGAUUUCCUUCUCAAAUGGAGCUUUUUUGGUGCCCGAGUGAUGCAUAAUCUCACCUUAAACAACGCAUCAAGUUUUGGUUCUUUUCAUUUGAUUCGUAUGCUACUAGAUGAGUACAUUCUGCUAGCAAUGGAGACCCAGUUCAACAAUGACAAAGAACAGGAACUCCAGAAUCUACUGGACAAGUACAUGAAGAACUUGGAUGCAAGUAAAGCCACCUUCACUGCAUCACCAAGCUCUUGCUUCCUGGCAAAUCGUAACAAAGCUGCUACCCUGGCUAGCGACACAUCAGUGAAAAAUGAGUGCCUUGUGGAGCAAGCCUACGUUUCACUGUCAGCUAACCAGCACAGCAGCUUGCCCUCUGGUUUGAAUCCUUUCUCCCCAGGGGACAAUGAGACUCUACAGCUAACAGGGCAGAUGGAGCUCUCGCAAAGCACUGGCCCUCUGAUGACUCCACCCAUUUCUCCAGCCAUGGUCAGUCGAGGAAGUGUUAUCAAUCAGGGGCCAAUGACUGGGAGACCUCCGAGUGUAGGCCCCGUGUUAUCUACACAUUCACACUGCUCUUCCUAUUCAGAGCCUCUCUACCAGACUCUCUCACAAACUAAUCAGAGCUACUAUGGCCCCAACUCCAAUUACCAGGCCAUGUUCAGGACCCAGGUUCAUCCAACUUCGGGAUCUUAUCAGCACAGAGCAGAGCAUGGUCGAUUUACGGCCUUGAGUGAGCAGCAGUUCUCCAGGGACUACUUCAAUAGCAGCUGUGCUGUGUCUCCAUACAAUGCCAGGUCUCCCUCUAGUUAUGGGCCCUCCUCAGCUUCACAGGAUGCACAUAAUAUGCAGUUUCUGAAUACUGGGAGUUUCAAUUUUCUGAGCAAUUCAGUGGCUGCUGCCUGUCCAGGAGCAACAUAUCCGUCUAAUGCUUCCAAUGUAGGAUACUAUGGAAACAACAUAAACUACCCAGAAUCUCACAGGCUUGGAUCCAUGGUGGAUCAGCAUGUUUCUGUAAUCAGUAGUGUAAGCAGCAUUAGAUCACUGCCAUCAUACAAUGAUAUCCAUGACCCACUGAACAUCUUAGAUGAUAAUGGAAGGAAGCAGACAGGCUCAUACUAUGCAGAUUCCUCACCGUCACUUCUCUGUCGAACCCCUGUUGCUUCGAAUAUGCAAUCUGCAUCCUCUUCCCAGUGCAUGUAUGGAACAUCUAAUCAGUAUCCUUCUCAUGAAACACUGGAGUCUCAUGGACAACCUACUAGAGAGAUGGCAUCAUCUUUACCACCAAUCAACACUGUCUUCAUGGGAGCCGCUGCGGGAGGCACCUGAAUUAGAAAAAAGAUUUUUUUUUAAUUUUAAGAACUUAUUUUUCCAGUUCAAGUUUCUAAGGUUUGUUUUGCAGACAAGCCCUUUCAAUGACUGGGAUUAAAAAGUAUUACAGAUUGGUUUUACAGGAGCCAUCUUGAAGACAUUAACAUCCAAAGAGAAAAAAGUAGCUGUAAUGACUCAGAAACUAAUGCAUCAGCAAAACAGUUUUCAAGUCAAAACUUCAGGGACAGAAGGAAAAACCAGUGAUUCUUGCAAACAUGCCUUGGUUGU